CUCCCGCCGUGCCCCGGACUUGGCCCCUGGUCUCCGUCUCUGCUCCUCCUGCAGACGCAGGUCACCCCCGCGCCGGACCGCAGCGACCGCCGCUUUCCUCCGAGCAUGGGACUGCCUCGCAGGGCAGGGGACGCGGCGGAGCUGCGCAAGACCCUGAAGCCGCUGCUGGAGAAGCGCAGGCGCGCGCGCAUCAACGAGAGCCUGAGCCAGCUCAAGGGGCUCAUCCUGCCUCUGCUGGGCAGGGAGAACUCGCGCUUCUCAAAGUUGGAGAAGGCCGACAUUCUGGAAAUGACCGUGCGCUUCCUGCAGGAGUUGCCUGCGUCCCCCUAUCCCCCCGAAGUGCCACCGCCACGCGACAGCUACCUAGAGGGCUACAGUGCCUGUGUGGCGCGCCUAACUAGUGUUCUGCCUGCCUGUCGCGUCCUGGAGCCCGCCGUGAGCUUGCGCCUGCUAGAGCACCUGCGGCGGAGGGCUUCCUGUGUCAGCCCUGACAGCCUGCGGGCUGGGGACUCCGGUGGCCCCACCUCGCCAGCAACACCACCUGAGCCGGCUCCCAUGCCCUCUCCACCUGCACCUCCCAGUGGCCCUGGCCUCUGGCGGCCAUGGUAGCACCUGGUAGGUCCAUGGACCCUACAAGGGACCUGGAAGGCCCCAGGCAGGUCAAGGAAGCUCUCGGUGGUGGCCACUGUUCCCAAAAUGAAGGACCAGCCAAGCACCCACAUGGGGUCUGGAAACGGAUGUUCGAAACCCGUGUGGAGACUGAAGACCUCAAGGGCUCAGCUGGAACAAAUAAGGGGAGCUGCCCUGCCUCACCCCCAGGACAGAGGUGUCUAGGCAGAAGGAAAGGGGGCAAGUGGCGGCAGGGUGAAGAACAAGCCCCCAUCCCAGCCGGCUCUGGAACUGGGUGAGCCACAAGCUACCUGGGCAAUGACACACCUGCCAUGGGGCUGGCGUCAGACCAAGACCUGGGCUAGGCGCUCACCUGGCCAGGUGAAGCCAUCUGCUCUGAAUGAGCACUGCCUGCCCAGCCCUGCUUGGCUACUUCCUGCCCAGCUGGGCUUGGGGCCUUUGGGACUUUGGCCACUACCAUGGCCCUGCAGAGCAUCAAAGAAGGAUAACAGGACAUGUAGGGCCAGAGAGCCGUUACCUCCACUCCCAGGCUGUCCUGCCCGAUGGCCUGUGUUGCUGGCCGUGGGGGCUUCAUAAGGUGGUCUUGAGAAGGUUUUAUUUCUCCAAGCAUAAGGUGCUCUUGGGGUGUGCGGAAGGGGUGGCAUGAGAAGGAAGUAUGUCUCUGAGCCCAGCACAGCUGGGACGCCAGCGUGAGCGGAGCGGGGUCCACGCCACAGGACAACAGGAAUUCAAGAGACGGCAGCGUGUUAGGGGACGGCAGCGUAUUAGGGGACCGGAGACACCCCUGCCUGCUUUCUCUUGCAAACCGCUCCCUACAGCUCAUGGGGACCGGUUACAGGCAUUGACUUAGUCUUUUUUUUUUUUU